GUCAUUUUUGUUUUGGUUCGACUUGUGUUGUGUUGAGAGAGAUAUAACAAAUUGAAAAUUUGCAAUCGUUUAGAGAAAGAAGACUUAUCACCAAAGUAAAAGUAUAUUUACUAGUCAUAUUUUUAAAUAUUACAACAGUGUGUUUCUAUCAAAAUGGCUGGUGAAGUAGUAGUGGAUGCGUUACCGUACAUAGAUCAGGGUUAUGACGACCCAGGUGUUAGAGAGGCCGCUUUGGCUAUGGUUGAGGAGGAAUGCAGACGUUACAGACCCACUAAGAACUAUCUCGAAAACGCUGGACCAGAGCUUAGCACAUCAUUUGAAACUCAAGCAUUGCAAAGAGAAAUGGAACGUGUACAACAGCGAUUGCCGAUGGAACCAUUAUCUAUGAAAAGAUAUGAGUUGCCGCCUCCACCGGCAGGUCGCCUUGGAGAGCCCACUGCCUGGGCGGAGUCUGUAGACAAUUCUCAUGCACAGUUGUCACAUCAGGCUAUAAGAGUGCUGAAUUUGGAGUUACAGUUGCAGUAUGGUUCUGAGGCUUGGAGAUCUUACUUAAACACACUGCAAGCUUUAGUCACACGGGCACAGAAUGUGCACUCACUGCUCAGAAAACAGAUAGCAUCAGUUAACUGGGAGCGCAAGAAGUCACAAACAGCCAGUGGAGCUCGUCUGCGUGCUCUACGACGGCGCUGGGCUCACCUUGUGUCAGAUAACUACAGGCUUGAAAGGGCUGUCAUGCAACUAGAAAUACAACUGCAGAAGGCCAAGGGUCAGACUCCCUCUGAAGAUGGUGAGCCAGAGGACAUGGAGGCAGUCAAAUUACUUCCAGAUAAACUUAACUCAGAAUCUGAAAAGGAGGUUCAGAAGAAGAUUGAAGAUAUGUUUGCUGAUUAGUAAAUUUUAUUAUUUAACACUUGUUUUUAUUUUGGAAAUAAAUUUAAUAUUGAG